AGCUGAAGUAGCUCCAUUCUUUCGACGUUUCGCGUGAGCGACGCAACGAUGCGAGCGCAGGAGUGCAGCUCCUGAUUACCUCACACGCAUUUAUCAUAAGACUAUGCAACGAGUGCUUACACCUAGUGUCAGGAUGUCUCAAACCCCACCCGGCUUCUCGGUAAAGGCGCGAGACGGCAAUGCUCGCUGUGGAACGCUCGUUACAAGAACUGGCAGUAUAGAUACACCAUCGGUUUUGUUGUACACGCGCCGAGGCGGCCCGCUAUCGCUCACCUCGCCGGACAUGCUCGCCGCCGUGACACCGCCAGUGCAGGGUGUGCAGCUGAGCGUAAUGCAAUUCAUGGAGAAUCCGGACGCAGCUACCCUGCGGCAGUACGGCCGCGGCGCGCAGUCCUUCCUGGCCCUAGGUCCCUACCCGGUGCUCGCCAGCAACCGCGACCCAACCAUGUACGAGUUCGGCACUCGGCCCAGCAGCGAGAAGGAGGUGCACGUGUGCAUACACAGCGGGGGGCACAUGGUGGGCCCGGCCCGCUACAUGGACACCGUGGCGGCGCUGCAACCCGACCUGUUCGUCACCCUGUGCGACGAGAUCACGGCCGACUCGCGCUCCAAGCGCAUCGCCACCUCCGCCCGCCGCACCGCCGCCUGGCUCAGCACCUGCCUGGAGCUGGCGGCCCAGCACUCGCAGCCCCGGCAGCAGCAAGAGCAGCAGGAGCCGGCGGAGCAGCAAAAGCAGCAGCAGGAGGAGGCGGGGGCGGGGACACAAGGGGCGGCGGCAGCGGCAGGACAAGAAGGGGAUGCGGCGGUGGCGGGGCCGCUGGCGGGCAGCCUGGCGCUGGCGGCGCUGACGGGCGGAGCGCUGCCGGCGGAGCGGACCCGUGCGGCCAAGGCGGUGGGGGACCGGUCGGACGUUGCGGGCUAUGCGAUCUGCGGCCUGGGCACGGGCGAGGACCCGGCGCAGCGGCCGGCGCUGAUCGCGGCUUCGCUGGAGGGGCUGGGCCUGGCGCCGGAGGCUGCGGCGGCGCGUGUGGUGUUCGCCAGCGGCGUGGUGGGCGGGCCUGACGAGCUGCUGGAGGCGGUGGCGGCGGGCGUGGACCUGAUGGACUGCGGCUUCGUGGCGCAGGUGACGACCGGCGGCUACGCACUCACGUUCCCGCUACGGCCGCCGCAGGGCUGGCAGCCGGGCGACGCGCCCUCGGCCGCCGGCGCGGGUGCGGGCGGCGCUGACGUGGCGCUGGGCUCCGACGACACCAAGAUGAACCUGUGGUCCACAGCCUACCGGCUGGACAAGGGCCCGCUGCUGCCGGGCUGCGGCUGCUUCGCCUGCGCCCGCCACAGCCGCGCCUACGUGCACCACCUGCUCAACGCGCACGAGAUGCUGGGCGAGGUGCUGCUGGAGGCGCACAACACCAGCCACAUGAACGGCUUCUGCCAGGCGAUCCGUGAGGCCAUUGCGGAGGGCCGCUUCGAGCAGUACCGCGCCUGGUUCCGCAGCCUGAGGUCGUCACCCCUGGUGGACAUGACGCCGCCGGGGUUGGCCCAGGCGGCCAAGCGGAGAGCGUCCGGGCCAGCGGGCGAGGACGCAGGCGUGAAGGGAGCAGAGGACCGGCCCGCGGACGCGGAGGCGCCGGCGGAGGGCGCAGGGAGCUUCGGUGGCAAGCGGCCGGCCGGACGGGCAAAGUGGGUGCGGGUGUGAGCGGGUGUAUGUGGGCGCGCGUGUCCGCGUGCGUGUUUGCCGCGCGCGGCGUGUGAUGGCCAGGUAGCGAGGUGGUGGGUGGGGUCCGGGCCGGUUGGCGCCAAAGGAGCCCGGGACUCGUGUGUGCCUGUGUGGGGCCAUGGCAGACGGCUAGCUGUAGCCGCGGCUGUAGCAGCAGCAUAGGCAGAUAGGGGGAGAGCAAGGCACCUCGUGAACCAGCAGCAACCCGGGGGCCCGGGUGAGGUCGGGCCGUGUGAGCGCGGUGGGUCGGCAGCCGGGACCGAGGGCUGACAGCUGUAAACGCGGGGUCCC